CAAAGACCACUUCAAUUCGUUUGAAGUGACGAUUGUACCCAGAUGGCACUGCGGAGAGCCGGACAGAGCCUGGCAGGGCGGCUGUGGCAGAAUGGCCUUGCUCCCCUGAGUGUUGCGAGUGUCAAGCCUACUGGAGUACUUUGCCUCCACGAAGAUGAUCAGAACCGCAGUAACGUCAGCGCAGCAAGCAUUCCGUGCAGGGGUUUUGCAACAAGCGAGCUGGCCCCCACCCCCACUGGACUUCCACCUACCAUUCAUGCGUUAAAAAAUCCAACCGCCGAGAUCAUGUAUGAUGAGAGCUCUCACGAGCGAUUUCCGCUUGGAGAUCCCAGCAAACGUGCAUUCACGUACUUUGUGCUCACUGGCGGCCGGUUCAUCUACGCGUCAGCCCUGCGCCUGGCUGUGCUGAAGUUUAUCCUGUCUAUGUCGGCUUCCAAGGACGUGCUGGCCAUGGCUUCUCUGGAGGUGGACCUGACAAAGAUAGAGCCAGGGCAGACAAUAACCGUCAAGUGGCGCGGCAAGCCAGUCUUCAUCAAGCGGAGGACUGAGGAAGAUAUUGACCUGGCCAACCAAGUGAAUGUCAAGGAGCUGAGGGACCCGCAAACAGACUCAGAGCGCACACAGAACCCUGAGUGGCUCGUGCUUGUGGGAGUGUGCACACAUCUGGGCUGUGUGCCUCUGCCCAACGCUGGCGACUACCAUGGCUGGUUCUGCCCGUGCCACGGCAGCCACUAUGACGGGUCCGGCCGCGUGCGCAAGGGGCCUGCGCCCCUCAACCUGGAGGUUCCAGAGUACAAGUUCCUGUCGGAGGAGAUGUUGCUGGUUGGUUAGGGCUGUUCAUCUGGCAGUGUCCGGCCGUAAGAUGGUCAACCAUCCGUGACAGCUUGACACUCCUGAUCAUUGCAUGAUGUGCCUACUACCGUACGAGAUCCUGUAUCCUGGAAGGGUGAUGUGUGUUGGACAGGGAUACACAUUGGCCCUUCUCAAUGCAACUAGUUUACUUUCCGGUAACGCAAGGCUUCUGCUGUCUUGUGGAUGCAUUCAAGCAUUUUAGGACUAAGGCUUAAAAAUCAGUUUGGGGUUUCAUGUCUGGGAGCCCUCUUGUAAGUUUUGUCCUGCAAGGAAGGAGAACCUCCAAUGGUGGGAUUUUUUAGACUCAACGAUUGACUUGUAAUGCAACUCGUGUAG